ACGGUGCGUGAUCUCAAUUCUUUGACAAAUCGAAGCAUAUAAAGCAGUAAUGCACACACUUUGCAGAGCUCAAUUUGAAGCAGCCAGUGACAAUCUGAGCAAUUGCUUCUGCAAAGGUGCAAAAUAUUGAGAUCCAAGCUGAAGAAGCUGAUGUCUGUGAUGAAAUUGUUUUUGAAGAAGAAGAAGCGGAAAUCGGAGAUCGCGGUAUGAAGUUCUACAUAUCCGCGACCGGGAUUAAGAGAUUGGCGGUGUCGACUGUGACCGCCGGAGGAGACAGAGUUGGACGUGGAGGUGUUUGGCGGGGGAUGAAAUGGAAGAGCUCGCUGCCGGCGGCGGGUAAACGCCGAUUCUCUCACCGGACGAUUAGGUUGUUCGCCGGCCUGCUUUUGCCCUUCCUUUUUUUCCGAACCGCUCUUCUGGUCCUCGAAUCGGCCGCUCUUUGCUCUUCCCCUAUUGGUUGUCUGACAUGGCGGUUUUUUGGCGGGAGUGACGCCGCCUUGCUCAGAGAAGAGCUGACGAGGGCCUUGCUGGAGGCAACUGCGAGCCAUGAUGGUGGUGGAAUUGGCACAGUCGACGGCUCAAAUUCUGAGCCGGUUUCAUUCAAGGAUCUUGUAAAGGAUAUGACUUUAAACAGACAGGACAUAAAAGCUUUCGCUUUCAAGACCAAGACCAUGAUUGCAAAGAUGGAACACAUUGUAAAAAAAGCUCAGUGGCAUGAAUCUAUCUACUGGCAUUUAGCUGCUCAUGGUGUACCCACGAGCCUCCACUGCCUUUCACUUGAAAUGGCUGAGGAGUAUGCUGUGAACGCCGCAGCACGUUCUCGCUUACCUCUGCCUCAACACAUUCACCGCCUUAUAGACCCUUCUUUUCAUCAUGUUGUUCUUUUAACUGACAACAUCCUUGCUGCCUCUGUUGUCAUCUCCUCCACUCUCAAAACAUCAAGCAAUCCCGAAAAAUUGGUCUUCCACGUGGUCACCGAUAAGAAGACAUACACUUCAAUGCAUGCAUGGUUUUCAGUCAACACAAUCGUUUCUGCAGUUGUUGAAGUCAAGGGCUUGCAUCAAUACGAUUGGUCUCAUGAGGUAAAUGUAGCUGUUAGGGAGAUGCUGGAAAUUCAUCAUCAGAUCUGGAAUCACUAUUACCGAAGUCUGAAGAAGGAGGACCUUGAAUAUGGGACUGAAAAUUACCACAAGCUAGAUGUCCUAAGUCCCAGCUCCGUCUCCCUCUUAAAUCACCUCCGUGUUUAUCUACCUGUGCUGUUUCCAGAUCUGGACAAAGUUGUGUUCCUGGACGAUGAUAUCGUGGUACAGCAUGACUUAUCAUCCCUAUGGGACUUGGAUCUCAACCAGAAAGUUGUGGCUGCAGUUGUUGAUUCAUCGUGUGGAACUGACUGUUGUCCGGGAAGAAAGUACAACGAUUAUUUCAAUUUCACAAAUCCAAUCAUAUCGUCUAUUUUGGAUCAAAAUCGCUGUGGAUGGCUGUAUGGGGUAAAUGUUUUUGAUCUACAAAGAUGGAGGAAGAGCAAUAUCACUGCAGUGUAUCAUCAGUGGCUUAAACAUAGCCUCAAUUCUGGUUUCGAACUAUGGCAUCCUGGAGCACUUCCACCUGCCAUCCUUGCAUUCGAAAAUCAUGUUCACGCUAUCGAUCCUUCGUGGCACAUAGCUGGUUUGGGAUACCGGUAUCCACGAGUAGAUAACCAUACGCUAGAAGCUGCAGCCGUCGUGCAUUUUAGUGGGCCGGCAAAGCCAUGGCUCGAGAUCGGGUCAUCAGAGGUAAGACAUCUGUGGACUAGGCAUAUAAAUUCAUCUAAUCAUCAUAUUAGAAAAUGUGGGAUAGUGAAUUGAGAGGAAAUUUUAUGUAUACUUGUAUGUAUGAAUACAUCCAUCUCGAUGUUUAUUUCGGUUUAAACGUUAGAGGAGUUGUUUGAGAUGAAGGGAAGAAGGUCGAGCCUUCAGUCUCAUCUCAGACGUUGCUUCUCUGUGGACAAUAGCAUGUAUGUAUAUAUAUAUUAUAUAUAUAUAACCUACAAAACCUGAGUAGGGGUGAAGAAUAUUUUGAUGUAACUGUAUAUUAAUUUGUAGCUUCAUCUACAUAUAUGUAAUGUCAAUGUGGUUACUCUCCUA